GGGGAGAGAGUGAGGUGUUUUAGCAGUUGCUUGCUCUGCAGACAGGGGACAGAAGGACAGAGCAUUCCAGACACUAUGCAGUUGUCCUGGCAUCCCCGGAGGUUAGCUCUGUAUUGUUCCACGUUACUCUUAAUUUUUUCAACAUGCCAAGCAUAUGUCGCCACCAGAGACAACUGUUGCAUUUUAGACGAGCGAUUUGGUAGCUAUUGCCCAACUACUUGCGGGAUUGCAGAUUUCUUUAACAAAUACCAAACCACUGUAGACCAGGACCUACGGCAUAUGGAAGAUACCUUAAGGGAUAUUGAUAAUAAGACAUCAGAAUCCAAACUGCUGAUCCAGAAAAUCCAAGUGGGCCCGAGUCCUAAUGCAAGACCUCAAAAUGUGAUCAGUGAUGUGACGCAGAAGUCAAGGAAGAUGAUUGAUGAGAUUAUGAAAUAUGAAGCGUUGGUUCUCACACACGAAAACAGUAUUAAGUAUUUGCAAGAAAUCUUGCUUUCAAACAAGCAAAAGAUCCUUCAGUUGAAACAAAAGGCAGCUGAGCUUGAAGCCAAAUGUCAGGAGCCUUGCAAAGACACAGUUCAAAUACAACCAACCACUGGAAAGGAUUGUCAAGACAUUGCAAACAAGGGGGCCUCAGUGAGUGGUCUUUACUUUGUCAAGCCAUUAAAAUCUAAUACGGAGUUCUUAGUCUACUGUGAAAUAGAUUCAUCAGGCAAUGGAUGGACUGUACUUCAGAAGAGAUUGGAUGGAAGCCUGGACUUCAAGAAAAACUGGGUUCAGUAUAAGGAAGGAUUUGGACAUUUGUCUCCAAUUGGCAACACAGAGUUUUGGCUGGGCAAUGAAAAGAUUCACCUUCUAACCACCCAGACUACAAUUCCAUAUGCAUUAAGAAUAGAAUUGGAAGACUGGAGUGGCAAAACCAGCACGGCUGACUACGCCAUGUUCAAGUUGGGGCCUGAAGCCGACAAGUACCGGCUGACCUACGGCUACUUCAUUGGAGGAGAUGCAGGAGAUGCCUUUGAUGGCUUUGAUUUUGGGGAUGAUGCCAGUGACAAGCAUUUCACCUCCCACCUUGGCAUGCAGUUCAGUACCUGGGACAAUGACAACGAUAAGUUUGAGGGCAACUGCGCUGAACAGGAUGGCUCUGGCUGGUGGAUGAACAAAUGUCAUGCAGGCCACCUCAAUGGUGUUUACUACCAAGGGGGCACUUACUCAAAAUCAGCAACUCCAAAUGGCUAUGACAACGGCAUUAUCUGGGCCACCUGGAAGUCAAGGUGGUACUCUAUGAAGAAAACUACCAUGAAGAUUAUUCCAUUCAACAGACUUUCUAUAGAUGGCCAGCAAUUUCACUUGGGUGGAUCCAAACAGGUUGGAGAUGUUUAAAAGGAUGUUAAAAACAUGGCCUACGCUUUAAAGGACUCUUAUCUGAACAGAGAGAUCUUGUUUUAUCAAUGGGAGAGUGGACUUGUUAUGCCAUACAAACUUCAUUUUCGCAGUAUUGAUCUCCAGGAUUGGAACUGUCACAAACUAUUUUGUACAUGUGAUAAUUUAUCUCUGUGCCAUUUCAAUUAAAAAAUUUAAUGUCUAUGACCAAGUGCCCUAUGCCAUUACUUGAUCCAUAAUCAAAACCAAAGGUAUCUCACAUUUAAGGAUAUAGAUGGCACUCAUACUGUAGAAUGGGCAUUUCACGAAACAUUAGGGGAAGUUGUAGGAAAAGGAGAAGACCCCAUUCCUGCAUCAAAAGAAUGGACAAUGAGCUGGGAUAGAAAUUCAAUGAAACUAAGUACCAGUAAUCAGAAGUGACAGAAAUGUAAGAAAUAUUUAGACACAAACACAAGUCACAAAGACUUGGAAAGCUAAACAUAAGCAACUACUUUUAUUCCAAGAACUGAGUGCCUAGGAAACAUAGUGCAUGGUGUUCCAAAAGUCUCUGUGCAUUUUAAAGCUAUUAAUGGUUUAAAAUGCACUAAGCCUUUUGGGACCCUCAUAUUUAAAAUCCUGUGAACAUUCAUGUUAUGCCUGAAUUUCAGUAUUUCAUUCUACAUCCUCUAUUACUGUUGACUAUGAGAUUGUAAACUCCAUGAGAGCAGGGAAAGUGGGUUUUAUUUUUUAUAUACCUAAAAUGUAUUUCUCCCCCAGCACAGUCGUCUUGCAUGGGGCUUAAUAAAUAUUUCUGGCAUUGAAUUCAA